AUGAGUUAUGACUGUUAUUCAACGGCACUGAGAGUCAACGAUAUAGACUAUGCAUGGUGGACUGACCGUCACGGAGACCCCCAGUAUUACUGGGUUGGGUCGCACGCAGCGGAACACGUUUGCAGCUGCGGCCUCAGCGACAACUGCAUCGACGACACUUACUCGUGCAAUUGCGAUGCAGAAGCCCCUCAGUGGGAAUUGGACGACGGAGCAAUUACCAACGGAACGGCGUUGCCCAUCACGCAGCUCCGAUUCGGCGGCCUUCAGUUCGACGCCCAGAAGGCGAAUCACACUUUGGGUAGACUGGUCUGCAGAGGCAAGGCUGCGUCUCCGGACAGCCCAGCAGAGUCCUGCUCGUCUCUUCGCAAAGCCGGACACACUCACUCAGGUUAUUACGUGAUCAACACCAAAGAAGGGCGCUUGGAUGUCGUCUUCUGCCGGAUGGAUCUUAGAGACACCGACGCGGAUUUCCAGCAGGAUACGGGUGCACGCAUCGCAGAGGAGAGUGUCUAUUUCAAUGUCUAUCGCACAAGUGAUUUGUCAAACCGGUCAUACAGUCGCGCGAAACAGGGUUGCAGACCAUUUGAUGCAACCAUCUUCAGUGUUGGUGUCCGCAUCGCUUGCACCUCCUCAACGUGA